UCUCACCAUAUCUUUCACUACUCGGUUGCUAUUGGGAGCUGACAAUCUCUAUCCCUGUGUUUGUGUGCAAAGAGAUUAGCAAAAUGGGUAAAGGAGGGAUGUCUCAUGGUGAAAACAAGGAUGUGCAAGAAGAGAACUUGGCUGCUUGGCUUCUUGGUGUCAACACCCUAAAAAUUCAGCCUUUCAAGCUCCCUUCUCUUGGACCUAAUGAUGUUAGAGUAAGGAUGAAAGCUGUUGGUAUCUGUGGAAGUGAUGUACACUAUUUAAAGACCUUGAGAUGUGCACAUUUUGUGGUGGAGGAGCCUAUGGUCAUUGGCCAUGAGUGUGCUGGGAUCAUUGAGGGGGUUGGCAGCGAAGUUAAGAAUCUUGUGCCUGGAGACCGUGUAGCAUUGGAGCCUGGCAUCAGCUGCUGGCGGUGCGACCUCUGCAAAGAAGGUCGAUACAAUCUAUGCCCUGAAAUGAAGUUUUUUGCGACUCCACCAGUACAUGGUUCUCUGGCCAAUCAGGUGGUGCAUCCUGCAGACCUAUGUUUUAGAUUGCCAGAAAAUGUUAGCUUGGAGGAAGGAGCAAUGUGCGAACCUCUGAGUGUUGGUGUUCAUGCAUGCCGGCGAGCUAAUAUUGGUCCAGAAACAAAUGUGUUAGUGAUGGGAGCUGGACCCAUAGGGCUUGUUACAAUGUUAGCUGCUCGUGCCUUUGGAGCUCCCAGAAUUGUAAUUGUGGAUGUGGACGACUAUCGUUUAUCUGUUGCCAAGGAUCUUGGUGCUGAUGCGAUUGUUAAAGUUUCUACUAGCAUUCAGGAUGUGGCAGAUGAAGUGGUGCUGAUACAUAAAGCUAUGGGGACUGGAGUGGAUGUCACCCUUGAUUGUGCAGGAUUUAACAAAACCAUGUCGAGUGCCCUCAGUGCCACGAGGUCAGGUGGCAAGGUUUGCCUUGUGGGAAUGGGCCAUAAUGAGAUGACCGUUCCUCUUACACCAGCUGCAGCAAGGGAGGUUGACGUCAUUGGUGUAUUCCGGUAUAAGAACACAUGGCCACUAUGCCUUGAAUUUUUGAGGAGUGGUAAGAUUGAUGUGAAACCUCUAAUAACCCAUAGGUUUGGGUUCUCACAAAAGGAGGUUGAAGCAGCGUUUGAAACAAGUGCUCGCGGUGGGGAUGCCAUUAAGGUCAUGUUUAAUCUGUAAAACCCAGUCCCAGUCCCAAUCUUGGAGAGAUUCAAGUAACACAAUAGCCAUAUACAUUAAUGCUAUGAGUUUCAUAAAGUUUGGCUUUGGAUGUCAGUAUUCUGAGUUCCUACUUCCAUAAUAUCUGUAUGAUACUUAUACUGAGUUGCUUCACAUCACAUUCUGCCAAUUUCUUCAGCAACA